CCUGAUUUCCAGGAAUUACCCUGCUGCCUCUAGAACAGCGAUGGGAACUCCCACCCACCGGAGAGACAGGGCAGGAUAAAAAGGGACUGGGAUGGGAUUCUCCCAGCCGGGGAGCUGCGGAGCCCGGAGGGAGAAGGACUUUGGGCCUUUCCUUCCUGGUGCUCUUCCUCCUGAGUCCUUGAGGGUUUCCCAUCUUUCUCUCCACACUCACCGUGUACCUCAGGCCUGUCCCUGCUUCUGUGCUGUGUCCCCUGAGCUGGGGCCCUCGGCUGCCGGUGUCUGCUGGGAAGCCAAGGCUGGGAGCAACAGGAGCAUCUGCUGUGAGCCAUGGCUUCACAGGAGGACACACAGGAGGGGGAUGCAAAGGCACAGCUGCUGGCAGAGGCAUUCCAGAAGGAAGGAAUGGAUGCUGGAUACUGGCUGCCCAAAGCUUCACAGAUCCUGGGAAUCAAGUGCAGAGAAGCCCUGCAACAUCUGGACUACGAAGACUACCUAAAAAUGGAGUGCGAAGUACGGCACCCCUGGGAGAAAAAGGCACUCCAGAAACUCCUGAAAAUAACAGAUGAUAAAAUGACCACUAAAGGGGUGCAGAAGAAGCACUUGGAGAAGACAAAGCAGAAAAAGGAAGAGGCCAAAAAAGCCCUGAAGGAUCUGACAGAAAUGCUCAAGAGGCGCAGGCACAGCCAGGAUGCUCUGAGAGAGAAAGCAGAGACUCUGUGGCGAGCCAUGGAGAUUCCCAAAGAGUUCUGGCCACAGCCAAAGAAACCCUUGGCAGAUAUGCUGGAGAGCAUCCAGAAGCAGCUGGAGCAGCAGGAGCUGUCAGCAGGCAGAGGGGAGAACAUCCCUGACACGGAGGUGCUGAAGCGGGCGUCAGGGGGACUGGCCCUGCAGGGCAUCUACAGAACCAGCAGACCUGAAGAUGUGCUGGCAAAGCGAGAGCAGCUCCUCAGGGUUCCAGAGGGAUUCCAGCUGGCCAGUCCGGAGCAAGGAUCGCUGCUUGAGAGGAAGGAGUUCUCCUCCUCUGCAGCAGAAUCCACUUUCAGCAAGUCCAUGGAGCAGCUGGGCUUCAGCAUGAGCGUUUCUGCCAAAUUCUCAUUCUGGGGGAUUAAUCUGGGUGUGGGUGUAGAUCACAGCAGCUCCUUGCAGUCACAGGACACCCACCAGUCCCACUCUGAGCAGAGCUACUUCUGCACCACCAAGUACCAGUACAUCCCUCUGGCCUCCUGCUACUUCCAAAGGCAUCAGCUUCGCCUCUCGGAUGCGGCUCUGCGGGAGCUGCAAGACAUGGAGCAGCAGCGUUUGAGCUUCUGUUGGGAGGAAGACAACCCCACCUUGGUGAAGAUGUGUGAGAGCUUCUUCAGCAGGUUUGGGUCCCACAUAAACCAGGGUCCCCUCCACUUUGGGGGGAUAUUCUGGUGGAAGGCGUCCACAGAAGGAUUCCGAGCCGAGCAGCGGGAAGAAAUGAAGCGACAAACGACUGAAGCACUGAACAGCUUUGUUGGAGCCAGCUGGGGUCGCUUCAGGGCCAGUGUAGAAGGGUCCCUGGAUGUUUCUAAACCCAGCGCACUGGCCUCUGUCCAAGGAAGAGCCAGAGAGAGUUCCCAUACAGCAAUUCAGGUCUCCAUGGUCCACACAGGGGGCCCAGCAGACACAGCUUCCCUUCCUCAGUGGAAAACAGGGCUCAUAUCUGAUAACACAACGUGGUGCGUUAUCGACCGUGGCUUUGAGCUGAUCCCAGUGUGGGACAUCAUCCUGUGCAAUCACUGCAGGGAUUUUAAGUCUGCUGGUCAGAUGAGCAGAGCCCUCAGGGCUGCAUACAAAGCACUGACGAAUCAGAGCGUCGGCACCAUUUUUGGAGAGGAACUGGGCAGUGCAGUGCAAGAGGCCAGAGAUUUCAUGGGGAUUGUGAAGACCUGGGAGGUGACGAAAGGGGAUGAAGAGAAGCUGCUCAUGCUGAUGGAGCUAAAAGAUGAUUUGAGUGCUAAAACCAAGAACUCCAGUGUGUGGAUCAACGUGUGCCUGUCGGACAAAGCCCUGCAGGAGUUCCUGGUGAACACCGUGCGGAGCUGCCAGGAGUCACCUCCAGAAAACACCACCUCUAUCAAGGUAAUGCUGAGGAGUCUUCUGAAUCCUCAUAUCUACUCUGUCAAGGACUUCCCUAAGGCUUCCUCUAUUAUGCAAUGGAUCUUCCAGACUGAGCACCUGCUUCCCAGACCGCCAAAAGUCUCUGAGCUUCAGGAGCUCAUCCAAACACUGCAGCAAAUGAAGGAGCACAUCCAUGCUGUCACCUAUGCACCAGGAAGCACUGCUUCUGACGUUCAUGAAGCAAAGAUAGAAGCCACCCUGACCAGCAGCCUCGCCAUUUAUUCCUUACUGCAGUCUCUCCAGGAACAGGCUCAGAAGGACAUGGAACUCUUGGUGCUCUUGAUUGUGACCAGCACAGGGUACCAGGUGGAAAGCAGCACUUUUCAGCACCUCCUUGGACACCCAGAAAUUCAGUACAUGGCCAAGGAAAUGGAAGCGGCACACGAGGAGUACGUGAACCUGAAGGAGCAAGAUGCCAGCAGAGCUGAGGCCUUCCUCCUGCUGACGGGUCUGACUGUGACACCUGAAAGUCAAGAGUUGUCCAUUGAGCAGAAGAGGGAGCGUUUAGUUUUCAUGGAAGAUCACAUGAAAGGCUUGUGGUCCUCACGGAUAAAGAAUCUCCUCCAAAAGCACAGUGGAGGUGAGAACUGGGAGAGGCUGGAACAGGAUUUGGAUUCCUUGAUCAGUGGGUGCUUGGAUGACAAAUGGGAUGAAGAGAGGAUGCAGAACAUACUUAGAGACCUGGAAGACACUUUUCCAACACCUGAGGACCCCAGUCAAUCCCAAUCUAAGUCAGAUAGCAGCAAAUCCAAAGCAAAUGAAGCCAUUGCAAACCAGGAGUUCCUCCUGUUGCUCAAGCGCCUUGGACUGGAAAGUCACUAUCCAAGGAAAAUGGGGAUGGGAGAUUUCCGCACCAUCUGUAAGAUAUCCCUGCAGGACAGCCAGCCCAGCCAGGACACAGAACUGCCAUCUUACUUCUUGCAAAAGCUGUUAACUGUGGAUUACCGGGUGAGGUGCCUGACUUGCUGGGAAGACAGCAACCCAAAACUUGCAGCCCUGCCACAAACUACAGCAAAAGAGCACCAACAGUCAGACUCCUUUGAAGAGUUUUUUGACAAUCUGACAGAACCAGCCCCUGAACAUGAAAGCAUCGACAGCCAUGUGCACCCCAUGGACCUGCAGAUGGCCAUCUUCCAUUGUGCUGAUGACUUCCUGAGACAAACCCUUGCAACCAAGCUGGCGUUCUGCCAACUGGCAGUGCCUCUGCUGCUGCCCAACCCAAGCACUUCACACAUCGAGUUCCCGCUCUACGCCCUCAGCCAUAUACAAAGGAGCUGGAAAGAAGUGGAGAAGUCAGGAGAGCAGGCCAGAACAAAGAGUUACAACAACAAACUCAUCUUUCAGGCACAGACACCCAUCGUGUCCUUCAUCCGCAUUGGCAGCUCAGCCUCCUCUUCCAAGUCCCAGCUCCUGAACGCUCUGCUGAGCAAACGCAAACACGACACUUUCUUCCACCGCCACUGCAGAGGCAGCACCAGAGAGCGUUUGCUGAUGGAAGGGCUGGUGGAGAUUGCCUGGUACUGCCCUCGUGGAAGCCCCGAGGACAACUUUGAGCGCUGCGUGGCUUUCUGUAACCUGCAUGGAGAUGCCAGGGAUCACGGAGCACAGCUGCAGUUCCUGCAGGAGAUAUCUGCUGUCAACGUGGCUCUCGUAUCUGAGUUGGACCACAUGGACAGCAGGGGGAAAAAGCUUCUGCAGGACCUGUGGCAGUCACAAAGCCCUUUGGUUUGUCUUCUCACGGAACAAGAGAAUGUUGCAGCUGGACAAGCCAGCAAAAACAUAAAAAUAGGGAUCAAGAACAGAAACGAAGCAGAACUGAUGGACCAGCUGACCAAAACUAUCAGUGAUCUCCUGGAAGGGUCUAAUGCAGGUUUCAGCCUGGAGGCCUGCGUGGACAAAGCUCGCCAGUAUGGAUUCGUAGUGGAUGCAGAUCAACCCGAGUGUGUGACAGCCAAAGCAAAGGCAAAGGAGCUGGUGGAGCGUCUGAAGAAAGAGAAGCUGUCUGAGAUCAAGUCACAGCUGCUGCCGCUUCAAGGAAAACUGUGGUACCAGUGGUGCCAAAAGGACAAAGAACUCACUCGCUUGCAGGAGAAGAGGAACAAGAGCAUUGAGCAUCAUCGAAGCCAAAUUGAAAAUGAGAAGAAAGCAAUAAGAGAAAAGCAACUGAAGCAAGCUUUCCCUCUCAACCCACUGAUGAAAUCAUUCCUUGGCUUCCUCCAGGCUCAGCCAGCAGACACCAAGAAAUACUUCCUGCAGUGGAUGAAGGUCUUUAUGGAUGAGCUGUCUUGUGGUCACCUUGAAGAACUGAGGAGAGAUUAUCAUGAGUUAUGGUCUGAAAUCCUGAUGAAAAAGAAAAGUGAAAAAAAAUCCAGGGUGAAUGAUGAGCUGCUGGGUCGCUUGGAUUCCCUCUCUGAUGAAAUCAACGAUUCAUCCAUUGGCCUGGAGCACCUUCUGAGAGAGGUAGGGCAGAUUUAUGAAGCUCUACAAUUCAUAAACUCCUCGAAUGAGAGUUUUGUCAAGCUGCCAGAAAUUGCAGCAGAUCUGAUGGUUUCCGGGUAUCCCGUAGAGCUGAUGGAUGGGGACGCUUCUUACCUGCCCUUGCGCUGGGUGGGAGCAAUCUUUGACAGCUUAAUUGAGAGGCUAGGGGACAAACGAGUGUUUGUGCUCUCCGUGCUCGGCAUCCAGAGCACAGGCAAGUCCACCCUGCUGAAUGCCAUGUUUGGCCUGCAGUUCAACGUCAGCGCAGGGAGAUGCACCCGCGGAGCCUUCAUGCAGCUCAUCCCGGUGGGCGAGGAGCUGCAGCAAGACUUGGGCUUUGAUUUUGUGCUGGUGGUUGACACAGAAGGACUCCGUGCCAUUGAGAUGGCCAACAAACAGUCCCUGAACCAUGACAACGAGCUGGCCACCUUUGUCAUUGGUGUUGGCAACGUCACUGUGAUCAAUAUCUUUGGAGAAAAUCCAUCAGAAAUGCAAGAUGUUCUCCAGAUCGCUGUGCAGGCUUUCCUGAGGAUGAAGAAAGUCAAUCUUUCCCCAAGCUGCCUCUUUGUCCACCAAAACGUGGGAGAAGCAACUGCCAAGGAGCAGAACAUGGAAGGACAAAGGCGUUUGCAGGAAAAGCUGGAUGAAAUGACCGUGGUAGCUGCUCAGCAGGAAUUCUGUGACAUCUCCUCCUUCAGCGAUGUCAUUGCCUUUGAUGUGAACACCCACAUUCACUACUUUGCUCACCUGUGGGAAGGAAACCCCCCAAUGGCACCACCCAACCCCACCUACAGCCAGAACGUCCAGCAACUCAAGAGCAAAAUCCUCCAGGCUGCUAAGAAGCAGUCACAGCGCAGCAUUUUGAGGUUCUCGAGUCUGAAAGAUCGUAUUGGUGACCUCUGGAAUGCUUUGCUGAAUGAAAACUUUGUUUUCAGCUUCAAGAAUUCCCUGGAGAUUGCUGUGUACAGGAAACUGGAAAGUGCCUUUAGUCAGUGGACAUGGAGGUUGAGGAGUCACAUCUCAGAUGUGCAGAUGAGAUUAGAAAAUAAAAUUCGGAAUGGGGACUUGCAGAGUGUCACCAGAGAACACCUUGAAGGUCUGGUGCGAGAGACAAUUGAUGCCAUUGAGAAAGAAGUGGAAAAGUAUUUCAGGGAAGACAGAGACCGUGAGACACUGGUCCAAUGGAAAUCAGGCACAGAGCUGAAGCUGAACGAACUAAAGGAGACUCUUCUUGAUGAAACCAAAAAGAAAUGUGAGAAUCUUAUUGAGCUACAGAAAGAGCAGAGGAAACUGGAUGCGAGGAAGUUGCAAUAUGAAGAUGAGCUCCUGAGAAGGAGUCGGGAGCUGGCUGUGAGUCUGAAGGGGAAAAGCCUCACUGAGAGAGAACUGGAGGACAACUUUACUCUUGUCUGGAACAAGUGGAUUGCUGAAGUCUCCCGUGAUGCUCGUCCUCGGGAACGGGUGGAUAUUGAUGUAGAAAUUGAAGAUGUCCUUCUUGAGCACUUUAAGGAGCCGGGUAUCCAUGCACAGAUUAUGUCAUUUCCCAAAGGCAGAGGAUUUUCCUUUGAUCCAGAGAAACACAUAAUGAAGAAAAAGUAUUUAGGCUAUUUCUCAGAUCCCAGGAGGCUUUCCAAUGCUGAUGUGAUCAACUUUCAGCACAUCACAGACAACAUCAUAGCGUGUGUGAAGACAAACAUUGCUAAGAAAGAACAAGAGAAACGGGAUUACAGUCGAAAUUUUAUUCAUGAAAUACUCAAUGAAGUACAGAAAGGUGUGAACUCUGUCCCUAGCAAGGCAAAAUGUACUUUUAACAGAGAGUAUAGGAGAGAUUUGUCUCUGUAUCUGUGCAAAAUAGCAGCAGAAAGGUUUAAAGCCAUGCACGAAGCAUUCCAAAAGGCAAAUGACCCAGUCGUGUACCUGAGCAGCAAGAGAGAAGAUUUCUUCCAAUGUUUCCAGAUUUCCUGCCAAGGAGCCACUUCUGUCACAACUUUUGCUGUUUUCCUUUGUGACAAGAUUGAACCAGCUCUUUGCCAUGCAGUCUAUGAGAGGACGGCUAAAGACAUUGCUGAGGACAUGCAAGGCCAAUUCCCAGAUUUCCAGGGCAGCAGAGCCAAUCUGGAAGUUUGCAUCCUGAGAUACCUGGCAGAACAGGAAAAUUUUGAAUAUUUCAAGCAGUACCUUACAUCUCCAAAACAGUUUUUUGAGAGUUAUAUUGAGACACAAGUUAGGAAUUACUGUUUAGAUGGGAGUAGGAGGCUGGGGAUGUUUUUAGAUUCCUCCCUUAAUCUUCUCUAUCGAAACAUCCUGUCAGCUGUUUCUUUAUCAACCCAAAUUGUCAAAGACAGAAAAGAAAGAGAAGACAAAGUCUCUCUUUGGCUGGAUGAAUUUUGCAGGCAACUGUCAGAGGUGAUCAACUUGCCCAGAAGUGACCUGAAGGGCAUCGAGCACCAGGAGGUCGCAGACAUUGAGUUCCUGAGCAGGGCCAUGACAGAAGCUCUGGCUGCCCUGCGGGAAAGGCUGAUGAAAGAAUUGGCGGUUGCUGACCUGAGCUUGUUUUCAAGGCAGCCUCACACCAUCCUGGCAGAGCAUUUUUCAGGGUGCUGGGAGCAGUGUCCCUUUUGUGGGGCUGUCUGCACAAACACCAUGUGGAAUCAUGAUGGAGACCAUCAACUGGUCUUCCAUCGCCCACAAGCUUUGAAGGGAUGGAGGUGGUUUGGGACAGACCAGCUGGCCAUUGAUAUUUGUUCCAGUGAUGUUGCAAGUGAUGGCUCAUUCAGAGUUCGUGACAAUGAAGAGAUCCCCUAUAAGAGAUACCGGGAUGCAGGACCCCCGUAUUCCACUUGGAACAUUCUUCCUGAUUCAUCCAUGCAGGCGUACUGGAAAUGGUUUGUGUCUCAUUUCAGGACACAGUUGGAAGCUUUGUACAAUGGGAAAUUUCACGGUAGAGGAGAAAUCCCUGAGGCCUGGCGGAGAAUGACGAAGCAGGAAGCACUGGCUGAGCUGGAGAAGCGUUAGGCCCUAUCCUUAGGGAGGAAGAACCACAACAGUUUUGCAGUUUAGGAGAACUUUGUACCAGGUUCUCCACAAAAGCUGUUACAAUGAUGACACUCUCAAAACAUAUUCACAUAAUGACAUCUAAAUUUUCUCAAGUUUGCUGAAAUAAGGCAAGUUACUGUGGCCAUUACUCAGCAAUGCCUCACUUCCUGAGAGAGCCAAAUUUCUCUUGCCUUCUUGCCUGGUCUUUUUAAAGCACAUUGUGAACCUAGAAUCAGAAGUUCUAGGUUCAUUAGCAAUGGAAUUUUGUGCUGAGUUUCAGUACCAGGGAGAUCCACAAUCAAAUGUUAGUCCCCAUCAUCCUGUGUACAGAAACUCAAGCUUCUGGUGCAAUUGUACUAGCCCAUUGCCCUCUUAGGGUGAAAUUGCUGACCUAGAUGAGUCCCCACAGCAAUUGCCAAAAAGAUAUUAGCUCAUUUGUAGAGAUAGAGCCUGGCAAGGCAUUCCCUCAAAAAUGAAAUGUGGCCCACGUAGCAUUGCACAGCUCAGUGUAAUAGCAGCUAAUGUUAAGAAAAAGCCAUCAAGAGAAGACAUAGAGAAAAAAGAUUUACCCAUCAUUUUGAAGAAAACUGUAACAGCCAUUUCAAACCCUAGAGCCUUGCAAAAUGAGUCACAUCAGCUUUAUUUCCACCUCAACUUCCCUCAGGUGAGGCAUUAAAACAAUUAAAUUAAUCGAGGUGCUGGCUGAGGAAAGAAGUCCAUACUACUUCCACUGCAAUCAGUAACAUGAUGACAGAUGUUAGUGCUGUCAAACAUGCAACCUCACAGGACAGAGCCACCAUGGAUUUUCCUUUACUGGCACAUAAACAUAGUUGUGAAGAUUUUGAAGAACUGUGUUGUAUGACCUUGUUUGACCAUUCAAUGUUGUCCAUCCACAAACAACUUCAAAAACUGACAGAUUUUACAAAUCAAAAUGUGAGACAAGAAAUGCUAACUUAGAAAUGCCAUAGAAUAAGACAGAUACUUCUAAAAGAGAAAUAGAGCUGGAAAAAUAGUUUUGAAAGGUGGCUUGCAAAUAAGCUUAGAUACUUUGGAGAAACAGAUAUAUAAAAAAUAUAUUGUAAGAGAACCCAUAAGGGGUAGUUUUAAAUAAUUUGCUUUAAGGCAUCUGCAGCAUAGUGUAGCAAAAAACUAGUAAGCCAGGAAAGACUUAUAAUGCUUUGUAAUUAAGACAUAGUCAGCUUCUAAUUGUGAUGGUGUGUAUUGAAACACCUGUAUUGUGUCACCUUUCAUAUGAGACUGAAAAAUAGAAUGAAAAGUUUUAAAAACGCCUCUCAGUUGCCCCAUCUCUGGGUCAGAAAAUCCAACACCCCAAAGGCAGUUUUCCUGCAGCAAGGAGCUGUCCUGCUCAGAGAAAGGGCUGCAGGGCCUGAGGCCAGCUCCACACUGGGCUGCUUGGCUUUUGGGCAUCAUCCUUCCCUCCCUCAUUGCAGCCUCCUGGAUCAACUGAGGCCGUUCUCCCAGCAGGAGCUGCUGUGCCUCUGCUCUCAGGAAAGCAGUGACACGACUGCCCCGGGUCUCAGGCAAUGCUUUCACUCCCUGUCUCAGGGGUGCUGUGUCUCUGUCCAGGGCAGCCGCUCCUGCUCAGGUGCCUGGGGCUGCUGCCCUUCCCUGCAGCCCUCAGCCCCAGCAGGAGCUGCUCCUGCCCUUGGCCUGGCUGCUGAGCAAAAGCCUUUGGAAUGCCCCACGUGGAGAAUGCUGUCUACCAGCACCCUCUGCAGCAGCCCUCGGGGCAGUGCUGGUGCUGCCCAGGCAGGCUGGUGGCACCGGGGCCGUGCUCUGGAGAAGGUGGCACCAGCUGGCUCUGCCCCAGGAGCUGUGGGGGCUUUGGCUGUGCAGGGGCUGCAACCCUGCUGGCAAUGGGAGGGCCGAGCUCUCCUGGAGAGCUGCUGAAGGGCUGCUUCAGCCUCAUCCGCUGCUAAUAAAGGACUUGAUUUGGCCUGCUCUGUAUCUCUGUGUUCAGGGCAGCCACAGGUGGGGGUGACUCGAGCUCUGUGUGCUGUAGACAGGCAGGGGACAGGGGGUGGCACUGGGGGAGGGGGUGUGACACCGUAAGUUCUGCUCCAUUCAGGGUCUCUGCUCCACUGUUGUGUCUUAAUACCGCGAGAUGUUUGGGGGCGGAGUGCAGGACUCUGUCUGGGAUGUGAGGGGCUAGUUUAUGGCCGCUUUUUUUUGACUCAGCGGUUGAGGAUCGUGGUCAUGAAUGCUACAGACAGCAUUUGGCUCUUGUAGGGACAUUGCUACAGUUUAGCUUUCCUCCCUGAGUCUGCCUGCCUCCACUGCUCAGCCCGCUGCUCCAGGGAUCCUCCCAUUUGCCCCAUCUUAGGUGUGAAAAAUACAUAUUAUAAGAUUGGUUCUUUGCAAAUAUUAAAAUGAAUACAAUAUGUGUUAUAGUUGGAAAGUUAUACUAUAUUAACCUCUUUCAAGUAGUGCUGUAUUAAUCUCUUUUAAGUAGUGUAGUAAAUAUAGUUUUUAAGCUAUAGCAUAACACCAAAAUAUAAACUAUAUGACAUAAGAUACUUUUUGCACUAACUCAGAAAUUACAAAAGAUAACGAAGAAAUUCUUCACAUUAUCCUAUCUAGAUAAAAAUAACAACAACAGACACCAAAAUCCCAAGUGAAGAAUUAUUACCUUCUUAUCGAGAAAACUCAAACUUCAAAAAACCAAGAAAGUGAAUUUACAAGAUGGGGCAGGGGGAGAGCUAAAAUUAAACAAAAACACCUUAAUUGAAAAGAAAGUUUGAUUCAUUUAUAAUAUAUAUGAAUAUGCAAUAAACUGUUACUUUUAAAGAGUAAUUCUUUAUUAGCAAAGUGCGCCUUUUAACAAAAUACCAAACACCCAGAUAUCCGUAAUUCUUUACUUUUGUCUCUUACUGCCUUUUAUUAUCCUAAUUUUUAUUGUCUUAAUUUUUAUUGUCCUAAUUUUUGUUGUCUUAAUUUUUAUUGCUAUUUUCAUUACCAAUAAACUUUUUAAAUUUUAACAACUAGCGUUUUUCAUAUUAGGAAAGACAGGCACCCGCUGCCCACACCACACAUGACCAUUGCCCAUAUUUUCCCUUUGCCUGAGGUCCCACCACCACCUCCGGAGGUUUCCGAGCCCACUCCAAGCGCCCUUGAGGCUGCCGGGGCACCAUUGUGGCCCCUCUGCCUCGCUGGGAGCCAGCAGCGCCUCCUGGAGCUGUGGAGGCGUCACUGCAGCCUUGACAUGAGCCAACAGUGCUCCGUGUUGGUUGUGAGUGUAACUACACCAAAGGGAAAUUGCUUGAUGGGUGAGAAAAGGCUGGUUUUCAUUGUUGGUUUUUUGUUCCUGUUUGUUGUUGUUGUUUAUUAUCAACGACUUACAGAAGGGAUGUGACUACAGUUGGGCUAAAAACAAUUACUCAGAUAAACAUCUGCCGGGGUCGGCUGUUACUUGUCUCUGCCCCAGCACGGAAAAAGGCGGUUCUGGGCAGGCUGUGCUUUCGAAGAAGGAGUCUGGACUCUUGCUUUUCGGGCUUCAGUUGAGUUUAUUGUUCCUUAUCUACAAAGUUUUUCUGUCUGUCCAGCCGAGGUCUGAUCAGCAAGACAGCCAAGGGCACUCUCUCCCGCCCACGGAGUGGUUGUCUCUUUUAUAGUAAAAACUACAUAGUAGAUAUUUACCUUUAAUUUCCAAUACUUUUUGCCCUUGUUGGCAAGUGCACUUUCACUAUGAACCAAUCCACACAUGCCAACAUCAUCCUGAACAUGGAUGCCAAGGAGAAGAAAGAAGAAGAACAGGGCACUCCCAAAUUCCUCCAUCUUGGGACUCCUGACCCCCAUGUACAGAAUUCCAAACCCCCCUGUGCAAGGUUCAAAACACCCCUGUACAGUGCUCCAAAGUUUUUCCCUUCACCCUGUGAUUCCUACUACUGUGCUACUUAAACUUUUGUGACCUGUAAUUCUUUAUAUAAGGUUGGCAAUUUGCUCCAUGAAUUAAGAUCGAAUUUCCAGGUGUCUUUGGCUUCCUGCCAGGGUCUCCGAGCCCCUGCCAGGGCUUUGAGACAUCCAGGGCAUCCAGAGAGAUGUCCUGGGUUCCGACAAACAUCAGCCUCAAAGGCUGUCAGAUUUUGAAGAAGUAAACAGACAUAGCUCAAAGUAGUCACAAGUUUCUUCAUUACAAGCAAUAGAUAACAUUCUAAUCCAAUGGAAAGUUGCCACAAAGUUUAUUUUGUUUUUCUAACCUAUCACCUUUCCUUAAUUCUGCUGCCCUGUGGAUACUUUUAUCCAAUGGGCUACUAUUACACACUCACAGUUAUACUUCUCUUUAAAACAGCUAAACUCUUAGCUUACUCGAUACAAUUACAUUACUACACUAUAAAACCCUUCACCAUCUGACCCAAUACAGUUUCUCACUUACUUAAGGCACAUUCUUACUUACAACUAUAGAAAAACAAGUUUAUAAUUUUUCUGUUUAAUGUCUGUGUCCUUUUAUUUUUACAUCAAGCCAAGCUUCUUCCAAGGCUGCAAAUCAAACCCUUCAGUAUCUGUGGAUGUUUCCAUCUUUCCAUUUCCUACAGCUGUUUUUGUUUGUCUUGUUAUAUCUAUAUCUAUCUAUAUCAUCUAUAUCUAUCUAUAUAUCCCCUAGUAAAGAACAUGUAUUCCUUUUCCCAUAUCGUUGCCUAGAAACCCAAAAAUUUCAACAUUGUAAUAAUUUGGAGGGAUGGGUUCAUCUUUCCAUUCCAGGAAGGUUCUCACCUUCCUUGGCAGACAUCUCUCUGUUUAACCAGGAGACUCCCAUCUUUCCAGCUUCAAUACAACACUCUCCUAUAGCUCAGGCUCAAUAAAAUCUUUCAGGCUUUCACCCCCACCGAUAACACCAUGGCAUCUUUAAGUACUACACCACCAUCCUUCUGCUGUACUGGAUGAUGGUACUGUGAGAAAUAAACUGACAUACAAUAUGCUCUCCCAUUUUCCUUCCCAGUGACAAAACAACAUUAAUUAUAGUAAGGCAUUAUAUAUGAAAGUACCAUUCUUUGGUUAUUUUUCUUUAUGCAUAGAUUGGCUACCAAUGGUUGCAGUAUUUAACCAAUUAUUUUCUUGCCAAGGAAUCUCCACUCACCCCCUUUCACCAGCAUUUCAAUAUACAGCCCAAAGAGAAGCACUUUAGAAUUCUCCCUUCAACAGACUGACCUGAUCCCAUGAUACAAAACUACAACAGUAAAAUUUAUCACUCACACACCACAGAGCUUUAAACAAGGCACCUGUGUAAGCUCUCUACACAACAACCAGCACAACUUUCAGCACCUCAGGAGUGAGACUACUGCAACCCACAAUCUGCCUUCCCUUUACUCUUCCUUUUAAUCCAAUCCUAUGAGGAUUUUCCACCAUGAUUUAGGACAAGUGCACCCUUCAUUCUGUUUAGUAAUGCUGUAAAAUCCCAGGGGCCUUGCCCUGAACUCACCAGAUCCAGAGAAUGGAGGAUCUCCCCAAAAAAAGCCAUUGUUGAGUGCUGGAGUCCUCUCAGCCCUGUGAAACCAUGGAGUGUCAGAAGCACUGUCCCAUCUGGGUCACCAAAAACUGUCACCAAAAUAAACCCUCUAAAUCCAGUGUGUAUUAAGAAGCAGCAUCCCUUUAUUGCAGUGCUGGGUGCAGGGGGAUAACCCCACCUGAAGUGCCUGCCUGGCUCAGGGGGUUACAGGUGUUUAUUAACCUGAAGUAUCCAUAAUCAUUACAUAGGUGAUUAUAGAAGAUUCCAGGAUCUUCUUGUAUGUUUGGGGUUUUUUAUUUUGCCUUGGUGUGUUCUUGGGGCUCUUUAGGGUCCCCUGGCAGUGUUCCAUAUGUGGUGGUUUUUUGCCCAGGUUAUGUAAAGCCGCCAAAGGUAUUUCUGAACCAAAUGCAUUGAGCUGGUUUGACUUGUUCCAGAGCUCUCAGCAUUCCACCACUGUUACGUAACUUGCCAUUAGCCCUGACUUCAACAGAAAUUAUUUAGAAGAAGAUUGGACAUAAGGAGGAAAUUCUUCCUGGAAAGGGUGCUCAGGCCUUGGCAGGGGUUGCCCAGGGAGGUUUGGAGUCCCCAUCCCUGGAGGUGUCCUAGGAAGGACUGGAUGUGGGACUCAGCGCUCUGGGCUGGUGACAAGGUGGGAAUUGGUCAUGGUUUGGACUUGGUCUCAGAAGUCUUUUCCAACAUAAGUAAUUCUGUAAUUCUGUGAUUCUGUAUUUGCAGUGCAAGUGCCCUCAUUUAGUUGCUGAUACAUUUAGAAAAAACACUUUUUGUUAUCUUUCCCAGCAGUGCCAAGACCAAGCUUUUGCCUUGCUAAUUUUCUCUCCACAUGACCUAACGAGAUCCUCGCACUUCUCCCGAGCUCCCUGCCCUUUCUUCCAAAAGUCCUGUUCCCCUGAGUUCCAAGCUCCCUGUUCAGCCAGGCUGGUCUCCUCCCCCUCUGGCUCAUCUUCUGAUGGGUAGCUCCUGUGCCUUUAAAUUUUCCUUCUUAAAGCACAUCCAGCCCUCCUGAACCCCUCUGAAGCGUUGCACUUCAACAGGUUCCUGAGAGUGACUUGCGUUUUCGGGGUCUGGAUUAAACUUGUUAAAAGGAGCUAAGAAAGAAAGGUGAGGGACAAGUCUUCGUUUGGACAUACAACACCUAUCCAUGACUUUGAAGAGGAUCCAGAAAACACCUGGAAGAGUGGCGGGCACAAGGCUAAAUAUGGGGGGAAAGGGGUGGAUCUGA